AUGGCUGGCAAUCGCGUUCACGGCGACCUGAACAACACCGAAGUCAUGCGAGAAACCAAUUUCCUGGUCCCAGAUCCAGCUUAUGCAGGGAAAACACUGGCAAUCCCCGAACAAGACGACGAUGCAGGAAUCAGAUCAAAAUACCGACCAUUCAUUUCAAGUCCAGAAGUGGCAAACAGCGAUUGGAUCUCCCAAUCCGAACUCAGCACAGUUUUGAAAAUGUCAGAAGCAGAUCUGGCAAAGACUGGUGGCAACAGACUUAAGAUUUUGGUCUUGUAUGGCAGUUUGCGGGAAAGAUGUUUAUCANGAUCCUACUCGAGAUUGUUGGCUUUUGAAUGCUCGCGCAUACUGUGGCGUUUGGGUGCUGAUGUUCGUGUUUUCAAUCCUUCUGGUUUGCCGGUUAAGGAUGAUGUUCAACAUCAACAUCCAAAAGUGCAAGAGCUUCGCGAGUUGAGUAAAUGGAGUGAUGGCCAUGUCUGGGUUUCUCCUGAACAACAUGGUAACCUCGUAAGUGACUUACUGAAGAACGAGAUAGAUCCUCUACUAACGACUGCAAUAGNNACAGCAGUGUUUAAGAACCAGAUCGAUUGGGUUCCGUUGAGUACAGGUUCGGUGAGGCCGACCCAAGGACGUACUCUGGCAAUUGCACAAGUCUCUGGCGGGUCACAAUCAUUCAACACUGUGAACUCUCUCCGUGUUCUCGGACGAUGGAUGCGCAUGUUCGCAAUUCCUAACCAAUCUUCAGUGCCCAUGGCAUAUACUCAAUUUACUGACGCACUUGACGAACAAGAUCAUGACGCUUUCAUCAAGGCAGAAGGUGGAAGCAGACUCAAACCCUCAGGCAAUCGAGAUAGAGUUGUCGAUGUCAUGGAGGAAUUGUUCAAAUACACUCUCGUCAUGAGAGAGCACUUUGAUCUAUUCGGUGACCGACACAGCGAGCGAAAAGAAAAGGAAGCCAAGAGAUUGAGAGAGGUCGAAGUCACCAAAAAGGAAGAAAAGGCAGGCCAAGAAGGCAACGCAACGAGCAUGGUCACUGCAAAACUCGUCAACGGCAUUGAUGUCAACGGUAUCUAA